UGUAAGUUCCGGUUGCUGUGCUGAGUCGGAAGUGGGAAUCCUUCGGCCACUAAGACUUGUCGUGUCGUCGCUGCUGGCCCUUCAGGCUCUGCCCCUCCCCCCCAGGUCUGGAUGGAGGAUACUUUAAAGUGAAAUGACAGACCAGGAGAAUAACAACAACAUCUCAAGUAACCCCUUUGCUGCUCUUUUUGGCUCCCUGGCUGAUGCCAAGCAGUUUGCAGCAAUCCAAAAAGAGCAGCUGAAGCAGCAGUCUGAUGAACUCCCAGCUAGCCCAGAUGACUCGGAUAAUAGUGUGUCAGAAAGCCUGGAUGAAUUUGAUUACUCUGUGGCUGAGAUUAGCCGCUCCUUCCGUUCACAGCAGGAAAUAUGUGAACAACUCAACAUCAAUCACAUGAUCCAAAGGAUCUUCCUCAUUACUCUGGACAACAGUGACCCCAGCUUGAAAAGUGGGAAUGGCAUCCCCAGUCGUUGUGUGUAUUUGGAAGAAAUGGCAGUAGACCUGGAAGAUCAAGACUGGCUUGAUAUGAACAAUGUUGAGCAGGCUAUCUUCGCUCGCUUACUACUUCAGGACCCAGGCAACCACUUGAUUAACAUGACUUCUUCUUCAACGUUGAAUCUCUCUGCUGAUCGAGAUGCAGGGGAGAGGCACAUUUUUUGUUACCUUUAUUCCUGCUUCCAAAGAGCUAAAGAAGAGAUUACCAAAGUUCCAGAGAACCUGCUCCCCUUUGCGGUGCAAUGCAGGAACCUCACUGUGUCCAAUACCCGAACAGUACUCCUCACCCCAGAGAUCUAUGUUGACCAGAACAUCCAUGAGCAACUGGUAGAUUUGAUGUUGGAAGCCAUCCAAGGAGCCCAUUUUGAAGAUGUAACUGAGUUUCUGGAAGAGGUCAUUGAAGCCUUGAUAUUGGAUGAGGAAGUUCGCACAUUUCCAGAAGUCAUGAUUCCAGUGUUUGAUAUUUUAUUGGGCCGAAUAAAAGAUCUAGAACUCUGUCAGAUCCUGUUUUAUGCAUAUCUGGAUAUUCUUCUCUAUUUCACUAGGCAGAAGGAUAUGGCAAAGGUUUUUGUAGAGUACAUUCAGCCCAAGGACCCUGGCAAUGGGCAGAUGUACCAGAAGACCUUGCUGGGUGUAAUCCUGAAUAUCUCCUGCUUAUUAAAGACUCCAGGUGUAGUAGAAAAUCAUGGCUACUUCCUGAAUCCAUCUCGUUCCAGUCCCCAGGAGAUCAAAGUGCAAGAGGCCAACAUCCAUCAGUUCAUGGCUCAGUUCCAUGAAAAGAUCUACCAGAUGCUGAAGAACUUACUCCAGCUCUCUCCAGAAACCAAACACUGUAUCUUGUCCUGGCUUGGAAACUGUUUGCAUGCAAACGCAGGCCGCACCAAGAUUUGGGCCAAUCAGAUGCCAGAAAUCUUCUUCCAAAUGUAUGCCUCGGAUGCCUUCUUUCUGAAUCUGGGUGCUGCUCUCCUGAAGCUAUGCCAGCCGUUUUGCAAACCCAGAUCCUCUCGGCUCCUCACCUUUAACCCCACUUACUGUGCCCUGAAGGAGUUGAAUGAUGAAGAACGAAAAAUUAAAAAUGUGCACAUGAGAGGUUUGGACAAAGAGACUUGUUUGAUCCCCGCUGUGCAGGAGCCAAAGUUCCCCCAGAACUACAACCUUGUGACAGAGAACCUUGUCCUGACUGAGUAUACCUUAUACUUAGGAUUUCACAGGUUGCAUGAUCAGAUGGUCAAAAUCAACCAAAAUCUGCAUCGGCUGCAGGUUGCCUGGCGGGAUGCUCAGCAGAGCUCUAGCCCUGCUGCUGACAACCUCCGUGAGCAGUUUGAACGACUGAUGACCAUCUAUCUUUCCACCAAGACUGCCAUGACGGAGCCCCAGAUGCUACAGAACUGUCUCAACUUGCAGGUGUCCAUGGCUGUUCUACUCGUUCAGCUGGCCUUAGGCAAUGAGGGCUCACAGCCAAUCGAGCUAACUUUUCCUCUGCCAGACGGCUACAGCUCUUUGGCUUAUGUGCCAGAAUUUUUUGCAGAUAACUUGGGUGAUUUCCUCAUUUUUCUCCGCCGCUUUGCCGAUGACAUCUUGGAGACAUCAGCGGACUCCCUAGAACAUGUUCUUCACUUUAUCACAAUUUUCACUGGAAGCAUAGAAAGGAUGAAGAAUCCCCACCUAAGGGCCAAACUGGCUGAGGUGUUGGAAGCAGUGAUGCCCCACCUGGACCAGACUCCAAAUCCCUUGGUAUCCAGUGUGUUCCACCGGAAACGUGUGUUCUGCAACUUUCCCUAUGCACCCCACCUUGCAGAAGCUCUGAUCAAGGUCUUUGUGGACAUUGAGUUUACAGGAGACCCCCAUCAAUUUGAACAGAAGUUUAAUUACCGACGUCCCAUGUAUCCCAUCCUAAGGUACAUGUGGGGAACAGGUACCUAUCGAGAGAGCAUUAAGGAUUUGGCUGACUAUGCCUCUAAGAAUUUAGAAGCCAUGAAUCCCCCGCUUUUCCUCCGCUUUCUUAACCUGCUAAUGAACGAUGCCAUCUUCCUCCUGGAUGAAGCCAUACAGUAUUUGAGCAAGAUAAAGAUUCAACAGAUUGAGAAAGACCGAGGUGAAUGGGAUAGUCUGACUCCAGAAGCCCGCCGAGAGAAGGAGGCUGGCCUACAGAUGUUUGGACAGCUAGCACGUUUCCAUAACAUCAUGUCCAAUGAAACAAUUGGUACCCUUGCCUUUCUGACAUCAGAGAUCAAAUCACUCUUUGUGCAUCCUUUCCUGGCUGAGCGCAUCAUCUCCAUGUUGAACUACUUCCUGCAGCACCUGGUUGGCCCCAAAAUGGGGGCCUUAAAAGUCAAGGACUUCAGUGAAUUUGACUUCAAACCCCAGCAACUCGUAUCAGAUAUCUGCACGAUCUACUUAAAUCUUGGGGACGAGGAGAACUUCUGUGCCACGGUGCCGAAGGAUGGACGUUCCUAUUCCCCAACUCUCUUUGCACAGACAGUCCGAGUCCUGAAGAAAAUAAAUAAGCCCGGGAAUAUGAUUGUGGCUUUCAGCAACUUAGCAGAAAGAAUCAAGUCUCUAGCAGACCUCCAACAACAGGAGGAAGAGACCUAUGCAGAUGCCUGUGAUGAGUUCCUGGAUCCCAUCAUGAGCACACUCAUGUCUGACCCUGUGGUGCUGCCAUCCUCCAGAGUCACUGUGGAUAGAUCCACCAUUGCCAGACAUUUGCUCAGUGACCAAACCGAUCCCUUUAACCGUAGUCCCCUCACCAUGGACCAGAUCCGGCCAAACACAGAACUAAAAGAAAAAAUCCAGCGGUGGCUCGCAGAGAGAAAACAACAACAAAAGGAGCAACUUGAAUAAAUACUGUGAACUAAACAAACCAAAAACAACCAACUCCAGAAUGUAGAUAAACAAUUGUUUGUGGUUUCUCU